AUGAUCAUGGCGGACGAGCUUGACCGACCCUUAGCCAAACGGUCUAGAUCGAGUAACAGCACACAUUCUCAAGUCCCCUCUGGAUUGCUAUGUCUACCUGACGAGAUCCUAGAGCAAGUUUAUUUGUUUCUGGAAUUUAAUGACAGACUACGUUUGAGAUCGGUCUGUAAGGCUUUGCGAGAUGUGUUCGGUUCAUCUGCCCUGUUGCAGUACAAGUUCACGUUGGAGACUACAGGAUAUCUUGAUGUUCCAUACAAUUCAUCAUCUUUAUCUCUCACUAGUCCUUACGAGAACCCAGACAACACCCCUCUCUCUUCAGCGCCUGAAGAUGCCCCUUCCAACUCGUCAUCGUCUGUCAUCACUCUCAAAUCCCCUCAUACAGACCGACCAAGACAGACUAUCCCAUCUGUCUCACUCGCGCCAUGGCCCAAGGAACCCUCCACCCUGACUCCACAUGAUGCUGUCAUCUCCCCAGCCGACAGGAACAAGUUGUUGAAAGAGCGAGAAAAGAGGUGGGAGACGUUGGAUUGGGGUGAGAAAAGGACAUUCAAAGUACAAGGAAGAGAAGGUGUAUAUGAAUUGCAGGAAGGGAUAUUCUUGAUGUGUGAUGAUUUCAAUGAUAUGGAUGAUGACAAGCCCUCUUCAAUACGGCUUGUACCUUUACCUUCGAUGCAGGAUCCAGAUUUGGAAGAUCCACCCAUACAGACUACCUCUCAUAAAGUUGAUUUCCCAAUAUCAGACCUCACUAUGGAUCCCACACAAGAUCUGAUUGUAGUCAGCGAAUAUAGACCCGAAUCAUCAGAUGCUCAGCGAUCAGCUCCUACUCAUCGAUAUCAUCUCUUGACAUUAUCGACUCUGAAACCACAUCCGUUAGCCAAUUCACCAACAUUGGAUUUCCCGCCUUUCUCGCAAGCCAUCAUGGAUACUCGGCAACUGCUGCAGGUCAUGGGUGAUACCCUUGUAGUGCAAGUGUCAAGAUUUGCACCUGCUUGGGUAUUAGCCGGGCUAGGGUUUGGGAUAGGUGCAUUGGGUGGUCUGGGUCAUGAAGAAGAGAUGGUAGCUUGGAAUUGGAAAACUGGAAAGGUCUUAUCUCGUAUAUCGCUACCUGAAAACGGAUGGUUCUCGUCAUUCGCCCUCUUAACACCUACGACAUUCCUCGUUACCUCCACAUCCAAUAUCUCACCUGUCUUACCAUCCGAGACUCGAUCAGUCGGGUCGAUAUUCCCACCUGUUAUCCAGGUCUAUUCGUUUUUACCCGACCCCAACAAUCCUAUUGAUCCUGUACAACCUCUGGAUACUGAUCCAAUGGACGAUACGACCCCUCGGCCAGUCCUAUUGGCCCAAUUGCAAUUGCCUCCUUUCGCGGAUAAUGUAUCAAUCCAUGCGUUUGACGUAAGACCGGAUCCUGCUUUCCCACCCAAUUCAGGGUCCGAUCCCACUUUAGGUAAAACCAAACCAUUCACGCAAAAUCCAAGUAAAGGGGUAAUGGUAUUUGAAUUGAAAGUUGUUGGAAAUACGGAAGACGAUAAUAUACCGAUAAGAGAUCGCAAGAGAUCAUACGAGAUAUUCAUCCUUCGUGAAACGCUAGUAAAGUAUGCGACAGAAGGGGAAGAGAGAUUGAAGGAAGCAUAUGAGAAUGGAGGUGAUUUCGAUGGGUUGGGCAUAAGGGGCGUGGAGACAAACGUGCCUUGGAGUGAAUGGGGUGAGGAUAAUACAAGAUUCAUGGAUGCGGUCAUGAAAAGAAGGAGCUGGGUAUGUUCAUGUUCGGGAUACCGGUUCGUCUCCCUUAUACCUGCCAUCCGGCCCUCGGGACAUGGUCUAUGGCCUUCAAGUGAAGAUCCCAAUUUGGAUGACCUGGAGGAUGAGACUCAUGAGAUCAUCCCCCCACCUAAACGAUCGGAUCUAAUGAUAUUCGAUUUCUCACCUGUCAAUAUACGCAGAACCCAAUCUAUUGAGGAACAACCGAUGAAUUUUAUGGAUUAUGCUAAAAAGGAUUGGUCUAUAAAAAUCAGAGAUGCACCUUCGAUGUUGCCCAAAGGAAAUAUAUGGAAAAAUGAUGUCAAGAGUGCAUUGCCAUUUAGGGAAAUAAGAAGGGAUCACGGAGGAUUGGCAAAUGGAGUUAUGUGUGAUGAUCAGCGCAUUAUAGUAAUUCAUACACAAGCUAGACGGAACGGUGAUUGGUCAACUAUAAGUCAAGAAAUGAGUGUUUUAUGUAUGUAA